GCGUCUUGUGGGAAAACACCGGUUUGAAAUUAGCGCGAGGGUGGGGGCUUUCCACGAGGCUCACCUGAGCACAAGCAGUUUGCAGGCAUGAGAAAUCACAGUGAGAGCAACGCUUUUUCACCAUAUGUUAAUGUGAAGAGUGAACAGUAAAUGGUUAAUCUUACUGCGAUCUGGUUCUUAUUAACUGUGGUUUAUCCGGACGUUAAAUUCGGCGUUUCGUUACACCCGAAGGAGAACGUGACAGUGAAAAAGCGGCAUUAUCAGGUGUUUCAAGUGCUGCAAUGUCAGCUCAAUCCAGCAUCAAGUCGACGCCGCCCAGCGACAAGGGCAGUAAACCGACAUCAAGUAAGCCCACCCGGGCGUUAUCAGGUGUUCCAAGUGCUGCAAUGUCAGCUCGAUCCGGGAUCAAGUCGAUGGCGCCCAGCGACAAGGGCAGUAGAACGACAUCAAGUAAGUCCGCACAGGCAAGAGCCAAGGCAGAAGCCGCCAAGGUGCGACUGCAUUACGCCAGACAAGAAGCAGUUUUGAAAAUGAAACUGGCCCCAGAGAAGCCGAAAUCCAGAAAGAAAGGGCCGCCAGACAAAAAGAAGAGGCUGGCAGAGAAGCCGAAACCCAGUUGGAAAUGACAAAAAUAUCGACAGAGUUGCAUGUGCUGCAGCUAGAAGGAGAAGGAGAAGCUGCCAGGGUGGAAGCAGAGUACAUAGAAGAAGCUGAAGGGUCGCGUGAUCUGACCGAAACAAGCUCUGCUUUGGAAAGGACCAGACUGGAACGCACGAGCGACUAUGUACAAUAUCAAGCAGACAGGCAGGCUCGUCUCCCCUCUCCAUACCUAUUCGAUAACUUCCCCAGCUACGAGGAAGAGAAUUUACCCUCGCGGCCCCGCGAUGAAGUCAAGAAUGAAAGAGCUGACAACCGAUAUACUUUGACACCAAAGUUACAAAGUUCGAUGCGAAGAGACGCGGAGGUUGAAUCCAGGAUGGCAAAUUCCAUGAGAAACGUGCGUUCUCAGUCAUAUGGGCGCCAACGCACUUCUCCAGCCCGCAUGCCGCUUGCAGCCGAUCCCACGCUGCAGUAUUUAGCACGACGGGAUCUCGUCACUUCGGGACUGUACCAGUUUGACGAUAAACCCGAAAAUUACCGUGCUUGGCUCUCCACAUUCACCAACGUGAUUGACGGGGUCCAGCUCAGUGCAACCCAAAGGUUGGACCUUAUGGCGAAAUGGCUGGGGAAAGAAUCACGCGACCAGGUGAGACGCAUGCGUUCAGUGUACAUCAACAAACCUGAGCUAGCCUUAAGCGAAGCGUGGGAGAGACUUUGGGAGAGAUAUGGGUCCCCCGACAUUAUUGAAGGGGCGCUAUAUCGACGUCUGGAAAACUUUCCUAAGGUGUCAGCCAAAGAUCACUUUAAGUUAAGAGAAUUCGGAGAUUUACUCAUGGAGAUCCGAGGCGCCAAAGAAGAUGGCUAUUCAGCUGGUUUAGUAUUCCUAGAUACUCCAUCCGGGAUUAGACCAAUUGUGGACAAACUUCCAUUUGGGCUGCAGGACAAGUGGCUGACUGUUGCCUCAGAGUACAAGGAAGACCACGAUGGUCGAUUUCCUCCCUUUGAGCUCCUCACUAGGUUUGUGUGCAAGGAGGCGAAGAGGCGAAACGACCCUAGCCUUGUAGGUCCAGGAAGCAGUUCGAUUUACACCAAGCCAGGCAGAUCCGUUUCGAAUGUUUUCAACAUUGAUAAACCCGUGUCAGUGCUCAAGACCGAAGCCCUUACGACUAACAACGACCCUGGCAAGUAUUGUCCAUUGCAUAACAAACCUCACCCCCUGAAAGCAUGCAGAAUGUUUAGGGAAAAACCCCUUGAAGAGAGGACGGCUCUUCUCAAGGAGAAAAGAAUAUGUUUUAGAUGCUGUUCCUCGACCUCUCACCUCGCCAGAGAGUGUACGAUCGCCGUGAAGUGUCCGGAAUGUGGCAGCCCAGAUCACGUCGAGGCCAUGCAUCCCGACCUGUCACCACAAACCGAGAGCGCUCCUUCACCCCCACAACAGGACGGCGGGGAGGGAGAGGCUCACUCUAGGUCAAUAGCUGUCAGCACGAACUGUACAGAAGUUUGCGGUCAAGCUCAGUCAAGUCGUUCUUGUUCCAAGAUCUGCCUCACUAAGGUGUACCCUAAAGGAGCCAAAGACAAGGCCAUCAAAGCCUAUGUGAUUCUGGACGAUCAGAGCAAUCGUUCACUAGUCAGUCCAGAGUUCUUUAAAUUGUUCAACAUUGAGAGCGAGCGGUUCCCAUACUACCUCAAAACUUGCUCAGGCAACAUGAAAACCCAAGGAAGGAAGGCAGAAGGCAUCCAGAUCGAGUCCCUGGAUGGUAAAGUCGUCAUCUGUCUCCCUCCGCUCUUAGAGUGCAAUGAAAUCAUGAAUAACCGCGCUGGGAUCCCGACACCAAGUGCGGUGCUACACCAGCCGCAUCUCCACCACAUCGCCAAACACAUCCCAGAACUGGAUCCGAAAGCGGAAAUACUCCUGCUAUUAGGAAGAGAUGUUAUCCAGGUACACAAGGUUAGGCAGCAGAUCAAUGGACCACUCAACGCCCCCUUCGCGCAACGUCUGGAUCUGGGCUGGGUGGUGAUAGGAGAGGUGUGUCUCGGUGACGUACACCAACCGAUGGUUAACACACUCAAGACCAAUGUGCUAGAGAGUGGCCGCCAUUCAAUCUUUCAACCCUGCCCGAGUGUCCCGUGCAUCAAGGAAGCACAACAAGGCGUUAACAAGCGCGAGGCAAGCGACGAGUCGCUGGGCCAGUCAGUCUUCGCUCUAACGAAGUAUGACAACAAACUUGCACAAUCAGCUCAAGAUACCAUUUCUUUAAAAAUCAAAGACACCAAGGUCUUCAGAGAUGAAGCAAAUAAUGGGGUUGCCCCAUUGCCAAUCAGAGAACCACGCCAGCGCUCACCAGAUAACAAAGAGCAGGCAGUCAAACGGUUCACGUCCUUACGGAAAACCCGAAAAAGGGAACCUGAGAUACAGCAACGCACCCGAUUGGCCCACGAGGUACUGUGCACCCUAAUGGCAGAGGUCACAGCCAUUAUAAACGCACAAUCAUUCCUACCUGUGUCUUCCGACCCAGAAAACCCCUUUAUACUUUCGCCAUCAACGCUCCUUACGCAGAAGGCAGGAGCACCUCCUCCACCAGGAGACUUCUCAGACAAGGAUUUGUACACAAAGCAAUGGAGACAAGUCCAGGCUCUGGCAAAUCAGUUUUGGUCUCGCUGGAGACAAAAAUAUCUACCUUUGUUGCAACAGAGACAAAAGUGGACAGAACCCCGCAGGAAUCUUCAAGUUGGAAACUUAGUCCUGCUCAGGGACAAGCAAGCCACCCGCAACAGCUGGCCAAUGGCCAGAAUCACUGUUACAUUCCCUAUCGAGGAUGGACAUGUCAGGAAGAUCGAAUUGAAGACUACCGACCAAGGCGAUGUGAAAAUUUACCAAAGGCCAGUUACAGAAGUUAUUCUACUUCUACCCAAUGACUGAUUAAGAGACUAAGUUUUGUACUCUGCUCAUUGUGACCUUACGAAGGUCAAGCGGGGAGUGUGCUGUCUUUACGACAGUUAUUUAGUUUAUAAUAUUUUCGCUUAGUGAUUCAUUCAAUAGUAUUUUCUAGUUAGAAUUAUAAGUGUUUAAAGUGUAUUCAUUGCAUGUAAAAUAUAUCGGCAUGCGAUGACGUCACAUCCGGUUUCGCCGCGUCUUGUGGGAAAACACCGGUUUGAAAUUAGCGCGAGGGUGGGGGCUUUCCACGAGGCUCACCUGAGCACAAGCAGUUUGCAGGCAUGAGAAAUCACAGUGAGAGCAACGCUGUAAGUUAAUAGAUAAUCGAUAUAUUGAACUAAGAUGUUAAUAGUGAUCCUGUUAGAGGUAACGUCGGUAGAUAAUGUUUAUGCUUUCGUUAGUUAAAGAGUCGCGGAUAGUUUGCAUGGAAGUGUAUUUAAAGUAGUCAAUGGAGCAGGUAAACUCUCCCUGUAUACUGCACCUUAGUGUAAUGUAGUUAUAGUCACCUUUGCAAGUAUUUACACUUGAAAUGUGAUAUUAAGGAAGGAACAAAUACUGUAUCAAUCU